GGCACGCUGGGUCUCGCGAGGCUUGGCGCCGCACAUAAAGGCCGUGAGCGGGAGCUCCCCCUCUUCCUGCUCUCCGCGGAGCCGCCAUGGACACGAGUCGGGUGCAGCCCAUCAAGUUGGCCAGGGUGACCAAGGUGCUGGGCCGGACCGGUUCCCAGGGGCAGUGCACACAGGUGCGCGUGGAGUUCAUGGAUGACACGAGCCGCUCCAUCAUCCGCAACGUCAAGGGGCCGGUGCGGGAGGGUGAUGUCCUUACGCUGCUGGAGUCAGAGCGUGAGGCCCGGCGGCUGCGCUGAGCUGGUGAUGAAGGCUGAUAGCAUGUGCUUGGGGUGGCCAGUUGCCAUCUGCUUGGCCAGAUGCAGGUCAGGGAUGGAGAGGAGUGUGGCAGUUCUGUUGCUUCAAUAAAGGUCUCGCUUACUCAGUG